UAUUCGCUUUCUUCAACGCUCUCUCCACCCUAGGAAAUCCCCCGCUCCCCCUCCCUUUCCAAACCUAAACCUCAUAAUUCCCUCUUCUUUUCUCACCUUCUAAGCAACGUUUUGUGCUGGGAAAUUCUUUCCUUGGAUCGCUUGUCUCGGAUCUGAUCCGGGGGCCUUCUUUCAAACCCCUGUUUCAAGCGUCAGAAGGCCUAAAGUUUCGAUUUUUGGAGCUUUUUCUUGGAGAAAACCUUCUAUUCACACAAUGAUGCUGGAAUUGAGGGAAAAAUUGUCGCCUUUUUGACACCCGAUCGCGAGGAGGAGGAAGGAUUGGUUACCUGCGGGAGGUCAUGGCUCGGGCUUCCCCUUUCUUCUUGGUCCUUAUAUCUCUAGGCUUCUUCUUCGUCACCUACAAUCUUGUGACCAUGGUGAUCCACUAUCAGAGUGCAGAAGGGGACCAAGAGUUGAUCGAUGGGGGGUCUUCGACCCAGUCGUAUGAUUUGAAGAGAUUGAACGAGCACAAGAGGCUCUUCCAUGUGGCGCUCACGGCGACGGAUGCGGCGUAUAGCAAGUGGCAGUGCCGGGUGAUGUACUAUUGGUACAAGAAGAUGAAGGACAGGGAAGGGUCGGAGAUGGGAGGGUUCACCAGGGUGCUGCAUUCCGGGAGUCCUGAUAAUUUGAUGGAGGAGAUCCCGACCUUCGUCGUGGACCCGCUCCCGGAAGGCCGUGAUCGGGGUUAUAUUGUUUUGAAUCGACCAUGGGCUUUUGUGCAAUGGCUACAAAGAGCAACAAUUGAGGAGGACUAUAUUCUGAUGGCGGAACCAGAUCACAUCUUUGUAAACCCUUUACCAAACUUGGCUCGUGGAAGUGACCCAGCAGGUUUCCCAUUCUUCUAUAUUAAACCAUCUGAAAAUGAAAAGAUAGUUAGGAAGUUCUUUCCAGAAGAGAAAGGCCCUCUAACAUCUAUUGACCCUAUUGGCAAUUCUCCUGUAAUUAUUCAGAAGUCCCAGCUACAGAAGCUUGCUCCUACAUGGAUGAAUGUUUCAUUGCAAAUGAAAGAUGAUUCAGAGACUGACAAAGCCUUUGGAUGGGUAUUGGAAAUGUAUGCAUAUGCCAUUGCAUCUGCAUUGCAUGGUGUGCGGCAUAUUCUUCGCAAAGAUUUUAUGAUACAGCCCCCUUGGGACUUAAAGGUUGGGAAAACAUUUAUUAUUCAUUAUACUUAUGGAUGUGACUAUUCCUUAGAGGGUAAACUAACUUAUGGAAAAAUUGGGGAAUGGCGAUUUGACAAAAGAACAUACAUUCUCAAUGCACCACCAAGAAACCUUUCCUUACCUCCUCCAGGAGUUCCUGAAAGUGUGGUCACUCUGGUUAAGAUGGUUAAUGAUGCUACUGCUAACAUUCCCGGAUGGGAAGAUGGUAGCUAAUCACAGUAUAUAAGUGCUAGUAAGGAAUUUGAAACAUUUAUUCUCCAUUAGAUAUCAAAUGCCCGAAGAAAUCACACAGGAAUUCCAGGGUAACAGUUUGAUAUAGAGAUGAAAGCAGGAGAGUAGGAAGUUUUGAUGAUUGAUAUCUCUAAACAAUACUCUUCUGUUAACAUAGCUUUUAACAGAACUCUACAGCAGUCUGAGCUUCUUCAGUGAUUUUUUGUUCUUGUUUCGGGAUUGGUUUUGUAUAGUAAAUAAUGUUAUUAUUGGAACAUUGGCAACAAGCUGGUCUUUUUUGAGAAUACUACAAGUGGGUCGUAUGCUGUAAUUUUUUCACUCUUAAAUUUUUAUCAACUUAGCUACCGGCAUUCAAAGCUAAA